GGAAGCGGCUGCUGCACCGAGCUGCGGAUGAAAACAACAACAACAAAAACAAGUUUUCGCUUUUACUUUUUAAAUCCAUCAUGGCUUCCGAUCCUGGAGCAGAGUCAGAUAAGGGGAUGUGGGUUAAAACUCGAGAGGCCAUGGCACAUUUCCGGAAGCUACUUUUGUGCUCUAAAUGCUCGAACAUCCUGAGUGAGCCGGUGUGUCUGGGAGCCUGUGAGCAUCUACUGUGCAGGUCGUGUGCGGGUCCUCGGGUGGGAGACGGCUGCAGUGUGUGUCUCAGUCCCUCCUGGGUGAAAGACGUCCACAUCAACAGGCAGAUCAGUAACAUCACGCAGCUCUUCCUGCAGCUAGAGGCUGUACUCCAUCCUUCCGAGUGCUCGGCGCCCCCCGCUGAUUCUUCAGCACCCUCGCCGGGACCCUCCGUCCUCACCAAGAAGAAGAACUUUAAGAUCUGGUUCAGUCCGAAGAGCCGUAAAGUGCGCUGUCGAGCGGAGAACCCAGCAGACUCGGAUCCGUCGGCGCCGCAACGCUCCGACUCCGGCGUCCUGUCCGUCUUCAACUUCACCUCCUCCUCCUCCCAGGAUUCGGGCUCCUCCACACCUCCCAGAGUGAGACGAGGCGCUGAGAAGAAGACGACGACGGGACGAAAGAAACGAAAGAGCGUCGUUAGGAAGCAGGUUCGAGGCACCAGGAUUCCGAGUAAGGAAAAGAAGAUGAGGCUGGAGGCCGUGAACCAGCAGUGGGGGUUGGGGAAAGAUGAUCCGGUGCAGGAGGAGGUGAAGCAGAACGAGGCGAGGCGCGGUAAGAGGGUAUCCUUCCAGUGUCCAAGCGCUGAAGAAGACCAGGAGGAGGUUCUUCAGGGGGAGAAACGAGUGCUCGGGAGGAGCAUCCUGAAGGACGGGACGGAGAAGACACCUGAUCAAGCGCUCUCUGAGCUCCAGCCUCCUCGUUCUUCUCCGAAAAGAUCCGAACCACAAGGUGGAAGCCCGCAGAGCACGCCGAAGCGUCCCAGACGAGACAGAUCUCCGGGCCAGAGGGUGAGGAGGAGGACGAGAUCAGGUCCGUCUUCAGAGACUUCCAGCAUUUUUGAAAAAUCCGUAGAGGAAAGGAAAGGGAAGGAAAGCCCAGGGAGCUGUCCUGCCACUGGGAGGAGCCAGACUAGCCCCGCCUACACGAAGAGGAACCAUAAAGGAGAGACGCCUCUGCACCUUGCCGCCAUUAAGGGUGACGUGGAGAUGACGAAAGCGCUCCUGGAGCAGGGAGCCGACCCCAACCUGAAGGACCACGCCGGCUGGACCCCGCUGCACGAGGCGUGUAACCUGGGUCACGUGGGUGUGGUGGAGGUGCUGCUCCAGCAGGGGGCGCUGAUUAACACACCCGGAUACGAGAACGACUCUCCUCUACACGACACCGUGAGGAACGGCCAUGCCUCUGUCGCCAAACUACUGCUUCAGCACGGCGCCUCGACCACUGUUCUGAAUAUAUUUGGUCUUCGACCUGUUGAUUACGCCACGACUCCAGAAAUGCGAGAGGUCCUAAGUUUGGUCCCUGAGGGACCUCAUUCCGUAACCACGCCAGUGAGCUCUCCAGGAAAUCUGUCAAAGUCUCCAGCUCUGAUGAAGAAGGACGUCAGGGCCACUCUGAUCGGUAGUAAACUGACAGCGGAUCAGCAGAACCAGCUCGCCGAAGCUGCUCGAGUCCUGCGAGGAAGACGAGUCAAGACUUUCUCCAGCGCAGUCACACAUGUGGUAGUGCCGGAUGGUCCCAUGCCCUCCACCCUCACCGUCCUGCAGGGAAUCCUCAACGGCUGCUGGGUCCUAACCUUCAGAUGGCUGGCGGAGUGUCUGCAGCAGGGCCGUCGGAUAGAGGAGAGCGAGUUCGAGGUGGCCGAGGGUCCUCAGAGGGCUCGAGCGAACCGAGUCAGCCUGUUGCCUCCUCUCUUCAACGGCUGCUUCUUCUACCUGCUCGGCUCUUUCCACAAGCCUCCCAGAGACGAGCUGGUGCAGCUGGUGAAGGCGGGAGGAGGCCGGCUGCUCAGCCGGCAGCCCAAAGCCGACAGCGACGUGACUCAGACGGUAACGGCGGCGGCGUAUCACGCUCGGCCCGACUCGGAUCAGGCGCUCUGCACUCACUACAUCCUGUACGAGCCGCAGAGCUCGAGCAGACCCGGGCCGGUCCGUCUGGGCAAAGUGUGGUCAGCUCCUUCAUCAUGGCUCCUGGACUGCAUCAGGGCCUUCAGCCUCCUUCCUGUGCCCGAGCUCUGACUCGUCUUUAUGCCCUGAAUACGUGACGGGACGCAAAUAACGAAUACGCAAGUAGUCAUCGUAUCUCUGACCUUCCGCAUUACCGAGCGUCGUGUACGAGACGAUACUCCGAGCUCUUUUGAUGGCAUCGCUGUAAAAGAUCAACAGGCCUUACAUUUUCGCUCUCACGCGCGCACGUUCCUAAACUCCAAACAGCCGUAAAUUUCUAAGCACGUUCAUGGCACGGCCGAUUUUCGCUUAGCCACGCCUACAAAACUCCAUAAAAGGAAAGUUCGCAGAGAGCCGAAAACAACAACUAAACGGUGAAAACCCGGUGCACUUUUUGUCUUAUUUGCCUCGAUUAAUGGAUGAUUCCGAUCGCAUUCGCGUAUAAAAUCGCAGUUACCCAUCAGCAGUUAUACGAUUUGAAGUUGAUCAUGUAUUCUACGUCCACAGGAGAGAGUUUCCUUAUAUGUAAAUGUAUACAAACUGAUGGGAUUUUCCUGAACAGCACUUUUUUUUUUUUUUUUUUUAAAGCUCCUGCGAAUGAAUAAAUUUGUUAGAUAAAUUGUUAGUUUCUAGAUUAAGUAUCUGCAUGAACUCUUUUUGUUUUGUUUUUUAAUAUAGCCGUUAUUUUGGGGCACGCUGGCUCAGUGUUAGCACGUUUGCCUCGCACCCUGUUGUGUGUGGAUCUUACACGUUCUCCCCAUGCGUCAUAGAUUUCCUCCAGGCACUCCGGGUUCCUCCCCCAGUCCACAGACAUGGCUGAUUUGCAUCUGUAAAUUGUCUGUAGUGUGUGAACGUGUCCUGAAAUGGGUCGGCACCUCGUCCAUGGUGUCCCCCAGCCUGUAGGAUAGGCUCCAUAUUCCCGGCGACCCUGUGUAGGAUAAGCGGUGUGGAAAAUGGCUGAAUGGAGGGAUGGAUAGCCAUUAUUUCAAGCCACAUACACUCUUAGGCACGUGUUUUUUUUUUUUUGUUUUUUUUUUCCUGUGAAAUGAAACGUAUCUCAUAAAAUGUACAAUAAAGAGCAAUAAAACGAGUUUUUAUUUCUCAUUUCAGCGCUUCACUCUCUUCUGAAAUUUCCAUCAGGGCUCUUUACGUUAUAUGUUCUACUACAGUGCAGUUCAGGGUACUAAUUAAUGUUCUGUAACGGCAGCUCGGACAGUGGCUCCAGUUGUAAUUCAGACCGCAGGUUUAUAUUAUUGCGCUCGUUCUAAUCCGUUAUCGUUUCUAUAGUAACCGCCGUAAACGUGACUGUAUAGUAAACAUUCCGCGUAAUCUACGGCGACUGAUGAUCCUGAUAUUAUUGGAAGUCGGUCUGAUUUCUGCUACGGAAGGACAAAAGACCAAUUUAAAGGCUGGGUUAAACGAGCACAAAGUGUUAUUCGUUGCUAAAAUUAGAAAUCGCACUCCUUGGAUAGGCGCUGGGGUAGAAGAGGAAUAAAACACGGGCCGUUAUAGGAAAAUAAUCCACGUGGGGAUGGUACGCCGCGCACCGGGUUGCGGAUUAUUGCUCAGUAACUGAUUCCUUACAUAACCGAGUGUAUAAAUAUCACAGUUUAGUAUUUUAACCAAAAGCAAAAAAGAACAAACCUAUCAAACAAGUCGUAUCAAAUAAUUGGUGUCCUUUCUUAGAAAGACGACUUUUCGAUAAAAGUCCGCCCACACUGACGUCAUGACGUCAAGAGAUUUGCACAAUGCUGUAUAGUGUGCAUGGGAGCCAUUUUGUUUUCAGCCUUGAUAUGUAUUCAUUCCGUCUUUCUACCGUAAACAGAGUUAAAUUUGUACAUGCAUAUCGUGUUUUUUUAACCUCUUAAAUCCCUAUGGUGGUGAGUUUUUAAAUAAUUUGUUUUUUUUUUUUUUAAAUUCAUAAUAUAAUUGACAAACCUAAACCUAGCCCUAGCUAGAAGUGCACUCAGCUCCAGAAUUAUCGCUAUUAUAAUUUAUCUCACUUCAUUUGCAUAUUAAUUCAUUUUUCGCAUGUUGAUGAACGGAUAAUUAAACGUGUCCUUUUCCUCGUGUCGAUUCGUGUUUAUACGCCUCUGAAACAGGAAGUCAUGGACGACUGCUUGAGAGUUCUUUAACGCUCAAGCGAACUCAAAAUGCCAAAUAAAAAUGGGAACAGGAACAUGCUUCAGUUAUGGUUGGUUCAUAAGGUAAGUUUUUCCCCUUAGAACAAAUCCACCUCUAUUAAAGGUCUUGUAUCAUGUUUUUCAGUCGUAUUAAGAUCGUGCCCAUUGAGAAAAUUCAAUUAAAGUUCAUACGAUGAACAUGGUUUCAGGUUAUAGGUUUUAAAUGUAUGAAUUUAUCCCUAACGAGCAGCCAGAGACGACGGCGGUGAGGAAAAACCCCCUGAGAGGAACCAGACUCAAAAGGGAACUCGUCCUCAUCUGGGUCACACCGGAUAGUGCGGUCGUAAAUCAAUAAAUAAUUCCCUUCUAUUAAUGUGCUCAUACUACACGGUCUGUUUUGUUGAACUUCACUGUUCACCGCAGGAAACCCGAGUGCAAUAAAAAAAAUAAACAAAUAAAAUGAACGUAUUGUGCGUUUACUCAGGUUGCAUUUGUUUCAUGGUGUAUUUCGUUUGAAGAUCGGAACCUAUUUGAGAUGUACGGAAGAAAUCUGGAUGGGGCCAAUACUUUUUCACAGCACUGUAAAGGGAAUUUGAAACCAAGCGAAUUAUGGAAUGUAAAGUGAGUCUCAGACCAGGAGAAGAAUGGAAUCUAAAGGGAAUUUGAGAGCUGGAGAAGAAUGGAAUCUAAAUGGAUGGCAAAAUCCGUAGAAGAAUGGAAUCUAUUGGAAAUUCGAGUCCUGGAGAAUAAUGGAAUCUUGAGAGAAUUUCAAACCUGGAGGAGUAUGGAAUCUUGAGCGAGUCUCAGACCUGGAGGAGUAUGGAAUCUUGAGCGAGUCUCAGACCUGGAGGAGUAUGGAAUCUUGAGCGAGUCUCAGACCUGGAGGAGUAUGGAAUCUUGAGCGAGUCUCAGACCUGGAGGAGUAUGGAAUCUUGAGCGAGUCUCAGACCUGGAGGAGUAUGGAAUCUUGAGCGACUUUCAGACCUGGAGAUCUAUGGGACCAGGAGGAGUAAGUUAGUUAAUAAGACAAAAAAAAAAAAAAAAACCCUGCAGGUCGUCACGUUACCCGAGAAACCACAGAGCGAAAACGCCUUCGGUCCUGAAGAUUUUCCUGUGUCUGAAAACGUAAAAGUACAGCUUCUACUUCAAAACGCUGACACCAGAGACUCCUUCCAGAAAUGUUAAAUAAAACACCCAACACUUCACCAUAUCAACAAUUACACACGUUUCCCAGGUCAGUUUAACGUCCCUGUGUAAAUUGCGACUACAGAAACAGAAGCGCAUUGGGAAUUGAACAGCUCCGUGGCGUAAUAGAUAAUAAUCUCAUCCUUAUUCUCGUUAAGCAACGUGAGGAAGAAGAAAACAAAAAAGAAAUAUCAAAGCGGUUGAGAUUUGAUUCGCUCUGCAGAAUGUGACGGUAAACAUUGCUGAGCAGCUCUGGGGAUCUAUUGUGUCUGUUCUUUUUGUGGAAUGAAUUAUACUCUCUGAAAGCAGAGAAAAUAGGAGCAAGCUAUUGUUCGCUUCAGCUAUUGUUCGGAACUGCAUGACCCACUUUGAACACCAUGUUUCUUCUAGAGCUUGUAUGAAAACCAUGAAAAGACCUCAGCCAUGUACGACGUAAUUACUUAACCUUUUCAGUGGGGUUGGUGGCGUCCCGUCCCGUCCACCCCCCUCUUCAGAUGACAAAUUUUGUUGAAUGAGAAAAAAAACAAGAUUUAAAUUUUCUCCUUGUGCCAUGAGGCAAUGUGUGUGUGGAUUGAUUUAGGGGAAACAAGCCCAAGCGAGCUAAAAAGGAAUAGACGCGA